AUGGCAGCUGAGGGGCAUAAUGUCGAUGCUAACUUGGUGGACAUGCGACCCAAUCAUGGUCACUAUUUUGUGAAGAAGACUUUUGGGAAGCCAACUUAUUGUCAUCACUGUUGUGAUAAGAUAUGGGGCAUGCUGACAACUGGUUACAGUUGCGAGAUGUGCAACUUCAUAUGUCAUGAAAAAUGUCUUCGAACGGUGGUGUCCUACUGUAGCAGUGUUGCGUUGCAACUAAUCAAGAAUCCAGUAGCACAUACAUGGUCCGCACCAUGUUUGAUUAAGAGAAGGUAUUGCUGUGUAUGUCGGAAACGAACCGACGAGGCGAUGUCAGUGGAGUGUGAAGUGUGCGAGUAUUAUGUUCAUGUCGAUUGCUCGGAUCUUGCGGUAUCUGAUUGUAAAGAAGCAGCCACAUAUGUAGCAAAUAUGGAAAGUGCGAACACAGUACAAUAUCAUCAUAUGAGAGAAGGUAACUUGCCGAAAGAGUCAAAAUGUGUGGUUUGCCGAAAAACGUGUUUUUCGACCGAGUGCCUUGCUGGAAUGAGAUGCGAAUGGUGCGGUCAGACCGCUCAUGCGGUUUGCUAUCGACAAAUGGACAAAGAAUGUGAUUUUGGAGUACUUCGAAAAAUUAUGCUUCCGCCCAUGUGUUUGACAAUUCCUCGAACGGAGCUACCAAUGGAGCAACUAUUGAACAUUUCAUCGCAUGAUCAGCCCCAGUCUCGUAAGGUAUCGUCGCCAUCCAAAAUUCAAGUGGAUGACGUCUCGACUUCUGGUGAGGACGUCAAAGAACGGGACGAUUUUGAGAUAAUUAGAGUUUUUGACGGGAACAACUCAUAUCGACUGCAGAUUUCGCGCAAUAUCGUUGUGGCUAAGCAUGUAUCCGUGCAACAAGUUCGCGAUGCUGCUCUACGGCGGUUCCACAUCAACGACACCCCAGAAAGAUAUUAUAUUACACAAGUGGUUGGCGAGGUAGAAGAGGAAAUACUCGAGGACCCAGUACCUUUGAGAAAUGUGAAGCGUCCGGAAGGGAAGCGAGCCCAAAUAUUUAUAAGAUAUUACGAUGAUCCGGACAAAGAUGAAGUAAAAGUAUAUGGUGGAUGGUUGCGCAAGGUUCCGGUGACAUUCUGUGGAAUCUCAGUUAGCAAAGAUACAAUUGUACAAGAUCUUAUUACCGAAGCCCUUUAUCAUUUUGGGCUUGAUGGGGCAUACUGGAAUAGAUACAACCUCAUUGAAGUUUCUCUUGACCGAGGAGUAGCUGAGAGAACCUGCAAUCCUCAGGAAAAUGUUCUUCAAUUAGUUCGAAAUUUGAGAAAGGAUUCCCUCCGUCGUUAUCAUGUGGUCCGAUUCUACGUUCAAGAAAAGGAAGACCCACAUGAUCAUGCCGUUUUUGUUGGAAACCUACCGGUUUCCCUCGCACAGCGACAAUAUGAAAGAAUUUUAUUGAAGUUAUUAGGCGCUAAAGAAAAACCAUUCACCGCGAUUGGACCGAUCUAUUUCGAAUACGGGAGUUUAAUUAUUACGUUCAACACUCCAAAGGCAGCCACUGCAGCUGUUCAGAAACUUCAAUCGGCUAUUUACGAGGAUAAAAAGUUGAUCGUCCUGUGUUUGCCCAACGUGCAGCCACAGAUGAUUCCUAAAGAUGUCGAACCACUCUUGGUGUUGGUCAAUGUGAAAUCCGGAGGUUGUCAAGGAACCGAGCUAAUCCAAUCGUUCAGAAAGUUGUUAAAUCCAUUCCAAGUGUUUGAUGUGUUGAAUGGUGGUCCUCUUGUUGGACUUUAUGUGUUCCGCAACAUUCCCAAAUACAAAAUUCUCGCGUGCGGUGGAGAUGGAACUAUUGGUUGGGUCCUGCAAUGUUUGGACAUUGCUAAACAGGCAAGAGCGGCUUGCUUUUCACCGCCAUGUGGAAUUGUCCCGCUUGGAACAGGAAAUGAUUUGGCGCGAGUACUUCGUUGGGGCGGUGGAUAUACGGGUGAAGAGAACCCCAUGGACAUUUUGAAAGAUGUCAUCGAGGCAGACACUGUGAAACUCGACAGAUGGGCGGUGGUGUUCCAUGAGGAAGAACGGAAUCAACCAACGUCUUCUGGAACACAAACAGAGAUGAGUGAGCAAACAAUGAACAAUCCGGAAGAUCAAACAUCCAUGAUUAUCAUGAACAACUACUUUGGAAUCGGAAUCGAUGCUGAUGUUUGUUUGAAAUUCCAUAAUAAGCGUGAUGCUAACCCAGAAAAGUUCCAAUCACGUCUAUUCAACAAGACCCAAUAUGCGAAAAUUGGUCUCCAAAAAAUGUUCUUCGAGAGGACAUGCAAGGAUCUUUGGAAACGUAUAGAAUUAGAGGUGGACGGUCGCACUAUUGAGCUUCCAAAUAUUGAGGGAAUCGUAGUACUCAAUUUGCUCAGUUGGGGAAGUGGAGCCAAUCCAUGGGGAACAUCAAAAGAAGAAGGCAACUUUUCAAAGCCAACUCAUUAUGAUGGGCUGCUAGAAGUUGUUGGUAUUUCCGAUGUAUCUCGCUUAGGCCUUAUUCAGUCCAAACUUGCUGCUGGCAUUCGGAUAGCGCAAGGAGGAAGUAUUCGCAUCACAACACACGAAGAAUGGCCAGUACAAGUAGACGGAGAACCACACAUUCAACCACCAGGCACUAUAACCAUUCUGAAAUCAGCAUUGAAAGCGCAAAUGUUGAAAAAAGCCAAAAAAUCACGUCGAGGUGGCACCGCUACCACAAUUUGCCUUACACAGCCGCACCCGGAGACAUCCGACCCGCUAUCGGGGCCGCUCGGUGUGCCAUCGACACUCGGCGAUCCGCAUCACGGGAAAACGACUCCAGAUAACACUGCCGCAGAUUCAGAUGAGGAAGGCGAUGCUUUUCUUUGA